GCCACUUCGCGAUGCUGCCAGUCCUAGACUGCGUCCUAUUCGGGGUCCUAGUAAUGAGCAAUUUUCUUUUGGGCAUGUAUUUUUCCCUCCGGAAGAAGGCUUUGCGUAUUGAGAGUACGUCUGCAAUGGCGGAGAUAUUUCUUGGAAGCCGAGCACUGAAGAUUCUUCCGCUGGCGGCGUCAUCCGCGGCAUCGCUCUUUUCUCCGACGGGUCUGAUCGGCUUCACAGCGCACUACUACGCUUACGGUUGGCACCUUAUUUGGACUUUCACGGGGCCUAUUCUGUGUCUUCCGUUGGCCACCCAUGUUUUCGUACCCGUGCUGUACCGGCUAGGCAUCACAUCGAUAUUCGAGUACAUUCGUCUACGAUUCAACGCCACAAUAUCCUUGACAACAUGUGCCAUAUAUAUUUUUCUCACGCAAAGCAUUGGAGCCAUCUCUAUAUCAGCAGCAUCACUGACGCUGUUCACUGGUAAUGCUUAA